UGAGAAACUCUAUGCAAAAUACCUUAUAGAGUUGGUCACGUGAUGAAGGUCUCCGGAUUUGCUUUGCGUUGGCUUUGGACAACUCUCCCUUGAACUCUCCAUGAAAUCUCUUUGGAUCAUUGUCGCUUCACGCACGCAGCUGUGCAGCGCCGUGCUUCCCACCGGGCUGCAGAAAUUAGGCGCCUUCUUUUUCUUCUUCUAACCACCACCGUUCAGUAGCCAUAGGUGUUCUGUGGUUUAGCCGUGACCGAAUGAAGAAAGAAGACUAAGUUACUAGUCCUUGUAGCUGGUGUGAUGUGUUUCGUUCGCAAGCUGGGCUGACCGACUUGUAGACGCCCAAAGGUAGAGGUGCAACAUGACAACAUACGAUGGCAAAGUGAUUGAGAUUGGUGCUCGUGUGGAGGUGGCUGGCAAAGAUGUGCGUGGGCGGGUGGCUUUUCUUGGCACCACAAGCUUCUCUUCUGGCCGUUGGGUUGGUGUGGUCCUGGAUGAGCCCAAGGGCAAGAACAAUGGCACUGUUCAGGGACGAACCUACUUUUCAUGCGCCGACAACCAUGGUAUAUUUGUGCGCCAAUCACAGCUGCGAAUCUCGGAGGAAGAACCUCCUGGUGGCACUGCGGAGCAACCAAAGCCCCUUGCCACAACCACUCCAGGCCCAACUGCUGAGGUUGUAACACUUGAACAGCCAGAGCCCCUCUCCCGUACCUGGGUGGUUGAAGAGGCUGGCCAGGACAAACAGGCUGCACAAAAAGAGCAGGAUGCUGAAAAGCAAGCUCUGAAGGCCCAGAUUGUAGACCUGCAAGAGAAGCUGGACACUUUGAUGCAGAAAAGGCAGGAGAGCAAAGCACAACUUCGAGACUACGAACGCCUGCGACUGCAGCUCCAGCAGCUGCUUGAAUUCAAGACUAAGAUCACAGAGUCCCAGGCUGAGUUACAGAAACAGCUGACACAAGCACGGCGUGAGGCUCAGGAAGCUCAUGACGAACGAGAGCGUCAUGCUGAUGAAGUGUCCGAUCUUGUGGAAUCUAUGGAGAUGGCCACAGUAGAGAAGGAAAUGGCUGAGGAGAAACUAGAACAGCUGCAACAAGAGGUCGAUCAUUGGAAGGAGAAGUACGAAAUGCUUGAGUUGGAUUACAAAAUUCUUACUUCUGAGUUAUCUACAGGUGAACCCAGCAGUUAUAAAGAACGCCAGUUAGCUCAAGAAAAUGAAAAGAUGCGUGAAGCGCUUGUAAGGUUACGUGACCUAACCACUCAGUUGAAGCAUGAGAAACAGCAGCACAAGAAAGAACUUGAUCAAUGCCGCGCUGAGGUGCAAGAGCUUUCGCGGAUAAAACAGCAGCUGGAAGAACGGUAUCAACAAGCAGAGUGCACCAUUACAGAGUUGCAAGACCAGCUGGACAUGGCUUUGGGUGCAGAGGAGAUGGUAGAACACCUGACAGAGAAGAACCUAGACCUGGAAGAGACCGUGCGUGACCUGCGUGAGGCAGUGGAUGACAUGGAGAAGCUGCAUGAGCUCAAUGAGGAACUGCUGCAACAGGCACGUGAGACUGAGCUUGAGCUGCGUGAAGAACUCUCUCAUGCAGAAGUACGCCUGUCAGACAGCCACAGGCGAGUUGAGGCAGCUCAUGAGGCCCUGGCCGACUGUGAGCAGACUUUGGCAAAGUACCAGGCACUGGUGGCUCAACUUAGGGAACAAGCUCAGGGCUUGGAGCAGCAGCUUCAGUCUGAGCCAGCACCUGUUGCCAUGGAAGCUAGCGAGCUGGCGCUGCGACUUGCCCAGGGCAAGGCACAUGCUCGCGCUGUUGAUCUAGAGCUGCGACGACUUGAAGUCGCUCAGGCCAAUCGGCAUGUGGACUACCUCACAGCCUUCCUUUCUGAGAACUUCCUAGCGCAUGAGCACGAAGGUGUGCUAAUGUUGCUGUUGGUGGCACGCCUUGGGGCCAAGUGUGGCAUUCUGGCCAAGCAAUUGGAACAACGUUGGGCAGGUGCAGCCCCAGGGCCAGGGCAGCCCCUCGAGUCAGUUCAGUACGCACAUUCGUGCUUUGUACGGUUCCUUCUAGGCCGGCUGCAGGGUCUUUUGCAUCAGUAUGCCACUGCCUUGGACACUUGCAGUGCGGAUUUGUUUGCCAAGACAGCGACUUUGUAUCCUGAAAUGAUGGGCCAUGAGAAGCUGUUGGACCUGUAUGUACAGCUUCUUCGUAAGGAUGAGCUGGAUGAAAAUGUGCCCCUAAAGAACCUGGAGCGGGCACUGACCUAUUUCCAAAGUUUGUAUGCUGUACACCUCUCCAAUGAGCGGCAGGAUGAAAGGCACUGGCUCACCCAAAACUUGCGAUGCCUGGCGCUAGCCUGCGAAGCUGUGAAGUGUGCCUUGGGCUUUGUGCGCCAUGUUCUUGGUGAACAGGGUGGUGACCUGGCUGCCUUGCUUGAUGCUGCACUUGCCUCUGUCUCUGAUUUGCUGCAAGCGGUACGCAAGGUUCGCCGGCGGAUGCCUCACGAUGAAAGCCUCAUCACAUUGGGAGCAGAGGCUAAAGAGCAGCUGGAGGCUGAGGUGCGGAGCUUGGGCCAGGUGGUGCAAGCAGCAUGUGCCCUGCAGCGUGCCGUUUCAUCCCGAAUUGAGAACGAACUCCAGUUACCUUUGGACAAGAUGAAAGAACUUGCUCAUGAGGCCACUGAUCGUGUCUAUGGCAAGGAGGACCAGGGACCUGACUGCUUGCGUGAAGCAUUGGCAGCAGCGGUGAGCACCCUGGAGGUCAUGGCUGAUGCAGUACAGCCACAAGGACCCCAGCCCAAACCUAUUGCCCCUAUCCAGCUGCGAGCUCAGGCACACCGCCAACAAGCACGUGAUCUUGAAGUAGUGCGUGCCAGCUUGGAAGCUCGAGAGAAUGACAUCAUUGCCCUGAAAAAGGCACUGAAGAUAAAGAGUGAGGAAUGCAGUGAAAUGUGUGUUCGUAAAGACAUGGCCGAGAAGAAACUGGAGGUUCUGACUCGGGACAGUGAUGAACGAGUUGACAAAGUUCAGAGACAGCUGGAUGAAACAAAGAUGCUGCUUCGCAAGAAAGAAAAGGAAUUUGAGGAGACCAUGGACCAUUUACAAGCUGAUAUUGAUGCUUUGGAGACAGAGCGUGGUGAACUGAAAGACAAGUUAAAAAUGAUCUCUAAGAAGACUCUCUACAAGGGAUUGUCUGAAAGUGUUAGCACAUCAGACGCUCGUCGACAGUUGCUUAAACAGCUUCUCGGACCAAGACUGAGGCACAGUCAGCUUGAGCUCCAGCUUUCGAAAAUGAAAACAAGUACAAGCUGGCCACAGCUGCAGGACAUCAAGGCAGCGCUGCAGCAUGUGAAUAGUGAGAGAGUCAAGCUGGAAAGCAGCCGUAUGAACCAGCUGCUUGCAUCAUUGGCACCACUGGUGCCAGCACUACCACGUGCCGAGCAGCAGCGUGAUGCAUACACAAAGGCAGCGCGUGCCCAGAGCAAGGCACUGUCCCUUUGUGUCCAGGUUCGCGUGGUGGACCUGAAGAACCGGCGUGCCUCCAGCUGUGCUCAGGAACCAAACUGGGGUGCCCUGGUUGAGGCACGCCGUUCUCUCGAAGCUUCACGGCAUGAGCUGAUGCUGCUGCGUGCAUUGGCUGUGACGCGUGUGGCCGCUGCCUGGCGUGCCUUUCCUAACCCUGCCAUGGUUCGCCUUUUUCAGGGACAAUAGUUUCCUGCCUUAUGAUUAGCUCUAACUGGCUUUUUUUUUUUCUUGGAAGCAUGGGUGCUUACACUUGUAUAAAAUCUUAAUACAGGAAUUCUUCGUGGUCCCACAUAAAUCAAUAUUUUGCACCAGUUUACUAUUUUAAAAUUUUACUGUAUAGUGCACUUCAGGAAUGAAAUGCUUUGACAUAUUAUAGCUUCUUUUUCAAGUUGCAUUCUGUAGUGGGUAGUGGCUUCAAAACACGAGUGUGGGAUCUACGCAUCUCCUUAGUGCACUGCAAGGAUAACUUGUUAGAACUCUUUGUAUUUACUCAAGAUUUUUUAAAGGGGCCCUCCAGCACUUUUUAAAGCACCAAUUUUUUUGCGUUUUGCAUAUAGUGAUGGCUGGGGGUAAUUUUAGCAUAGGUCUAUGCACUGGUAUCAAGUGAUUUAGUAUUUUAAUCGCCACACAAGAUCACUACAUUGCUGCCAACUGCAUCAGCACGUAGUGGUGCCUGCGAGAACUGUUGCAGGUGGAAAGGACGGAGGAUAGCUGCCAGGCUAUGAUUGAAUAAGUGUAAUGCUCAAGGACUGAAAGCUGGGCCAGUUGCUGAUAGUACUUAAACAUAUUGUAAAACAGUGCAUGACUACACGGACACAAGAGAAGAAGAAGAAACAAACUGCAGCGCUGACUCGCAACUGAAUUUUUAUUGGAAAAACAUGAAUGGAAAAAAGGACACUUCAACCAUCACACUCAUGUGACCACACAAAGACAAAAAACAGAGCUGACAUUAUGAACAAUGAAAAACCUUGAUACAUCCCACCUGUACUCUCCUACAGCACGAAAGUUAAGAUAUUGUGCUAUCUAAAAACGCAACCACACUAUCAUGUAGGGCUAUAGAAGGCAUGCUAUUGCAUUGUUCACCCCUUUUUUUAUAUGAUGCUUCAGUUAUUUCUCCCAUGGUUUGAUCUUAGUGUGUUGCUAGGACUAUUGCUUCAUGAAAGAUGGGUGUGCAAUGGCACUUCGCAACAUGUUAGGACACAUGUGAGCAUACAUUCCCUUGCAAAGAAUGUCUGUGUUCUAACAACUAAAUGCUGAUGCACCUUCUUCUUUGGCCUAUAUAGGUAUACACAACCACAGGAAAACAGCUAAAGAUACCCGAUACUCUUCCUGCAUUGUACAAAAGUACUUCCAUGUUUGACCCCACAUCCUUUUUUGCUUAAUCCUGAUGCAUGCUUCUUAAGCUUCCGUUCAAUCAUCCCACAAACCUUGUUGAACUUAUUAGGUGACGAAAAAACCACACUUACACCAAACCGGCUGGCAACAUUCUUCAAAAAAAUUGUGGGAUAGUCUGUGUAUGUACGGAAGUGCUACUGAAGAUUUCCUUUGUUCUAGGUCUGGAUGACUGGUGAUGCUUGCAUUUUUCUUAACUCGCUUGGUCAACUUGCGAACAGUUUGCUGGAUGCUACAGUCUGAAAAACCUAUCAACUUAUCCAAAAUAUGUUCAAAUGUAAUGCUACAAGAGACUGUGGCGUGCCUCAUAACUGAGAUUACAAAUGUGUUUUAUUUUUAUUUUCUGUGCUUUUUCAUUGAGCCCCAAACAAUCGCUGCUGCUACAAAAAAAAAAAAAAAUUAAUCGACUACAAAGCACGUCAAAGACGUUAGCUAACACUUCGCCUCUGAAUUUUUUGGUUGCACGGGUCUGAUGUCUAUACGAAAAGCUUCACUUUCUUUGAUUAUCAUGUUUCUGUGUGUUUGCGAGCUGUCUUUGAUUGUUGUUGAAGGGGUGCAAUGCACCCUUGUAGUUCAUCAGGCAGCUCACUUAACAACUCGCGAGGGAUCAACAGUACUCCACCGCCCUAUCGUUCCACGAAUUUCCUUCUCAGAUGAGAGGGGGCAGUGACAUGGAAUGUUGUAAAGAACAGCAGAAAGUGCCCCCCUCACUUUGAAACAGUAGUGUAGCUGGCGCCCGCUCACGAUCUGACAAGGCGGGCAUCACUCACCACGUUUGUUACGAUAGCAAUGAGGUCAACAUUACAUUGGAAAGGAGCAGCUACAAUGGCGUGUAAGCUUCCCCUACGCAGGAGCUUCCAGCUCAUUUUUGGGGGAGCCAUCCUACGUCAACAGGCUAGUCAGGGCGAUUGAAAUGUGAUCAGAUGGCCCCGUGAAAGUCAAGCUGAGAGUGGGCAUUUCUUUUUCUUGUAUUUUGAAUUUUCUAAAUCAAGUAACUUAGGACUGUGUGCAAUUAUCACUGCUGUUUUUGAUGCAUUAAUCUGUCUGUACUACAGUCUACACAAUCACAAGUAAAAAAUGGGUGUUGAAUUGUGUUGGACGGCCCCAUUAGUGCAAAAUAUUUAUUUCAGUUGGCUUGAAGACUCAGGCUUUCUAAAUUGAGUAUUUCGGAGAUUUUAUAUUUUUCAACUCACUUGCUGUGAUUGUGCUAGAAACGGCUUUGAAAAUGGAAGGUUGCUCCAAACCUAUGGUAAUGAACCAGUAACCCAAUUUAAUGAUUAGUAAUUAAAAUUAUAUAUCUACAGUUUUGGAAGUCAGGUUUAAAAGGAGAUGCCAUUAGAAAAAUAAAUUGCUUAAAUCUGUAGCCUAGAGCAACGACAUUUUUUGCUGUACAUAUAGACUUUUAUAUCGACUUCAAAAAUGUAUGCAAUCACUUUUAUAGUAAGUUGCAUGGUAUUAGUUUUAUGCCAUGACAAUGUUUUUUAUAUAGUUGGUUUUGGACAAACUUUUUAUUCCUCUAAACAUUUAUAGUUCUCAGUCAAUAAUGGCUUAUAUUGCUCUACAUUAACUGCAGAAUGCAAAUAACUAUGAAGAAAGUGACUAUACGACAUUUUAAUGGACAAGAAAAACUGUAAUGCAAAAAUUCUUAGAAUUCUCAGCCCGUACUAACUGUUACCUUUAAGUUUAUAAUGAUUAUACAUGUGAUAUCAAGUUUUAAGAGAUACUUUCACCAGUCACAUGUUAAGUAAUAUAUGGGAAAAAUUUUAUCUUGAUCUGACAAUGAGAAUUUCCAAAAACAUUUCCAAACUCAUGAAGUUGCUCAAAAAUGGGUCUCAAGAAAAGUGCAUUUUAAAGUUAUAAGUGAAAGCUCAUAUAUGCAGGAAAAAUAUGUUUUUUAAGAUAAUUUCUUCUAUCAUAAGAGCUUGGCAAUCAUGGUUAUCUUGACCGUGUGGCUUUAGUGAACUCUUCAUACGAAAUGGCAAGCAGCCAGAUGACAAUUUUCAGGGGAUUCUAUACAAUGGGUUCCUUUUAGUUUUUAGUAGCCACCUUGUGCCGUUUAAAAGCGAUUUUAACCUACUUUGAACUUAGUUUUAAUCUUUAGUUUUUUGUCAUGAAAGUAGAGAAACUAUAGUUGUCAUUUUACUUUACAGUUUCUUUUUGUCAUGAAAGUAGAAAAACUAUACUUGUCAUAGCAAAUAAAAACAAAAAAUAUGUAAUUUUGGACAAGUUUUGUUUUUCGACUCUCAUCUCCCCUUCAGUGCUAUAUAUUUAUGGUAUUUUAUAACAGCUAAUGGUAAUGUAACCCCUAAUUAUAAGAGUGGUGUUUCAAAAGUGGUGAAGUUUAAGAACAAGGCCAAAUACAAUGAGCUCUUUAUUAGGGAAGGAACUCGCGGUGCCUAAGCACAAUGCUGACUUUGGUGGAACACAAUCUAGCGGCUGUGCAAUAAACUGGUGGAGCAUUGCACAAAUCAUUCCACCAGGAUGCACAUGAAGCUUUUGGCUGAAAAUGAAAACUCAUGCACCUCUGCACAAAUUGCAUAUGGGAAGUUAUUUAAGGGUCCCACCUCUCUGGCUUGGUAUUAAAAAGGCCUUGGAAUGUGUUUGACUUCUUCCCCAAAAAUACAGUCAAAAAGUUUUUUCACAAAGAUGUAGCUGAAGUGAAAAUAUUGAGUGCACCAUAUUUCCCUUAUGCUUACUCUACCCUUGCUACAAGCUAGCGGUGCUCGGGGGGGUGCCGCACUGUUCGAAGCGUCUUGCUCCCUGUGUUAAUUGUGUUGGUUUUUUUCAGCAUUACUUAACUGAGCUUAUGGGCUUAGUUGUCAACCCGCAUUACCAGUCGCCUGUUUCUCGCUGUGCUUCUGGGCCCCGCCAUAAUCUGUCUGUGUGGUUUCAGUUCAUCGCACACGUGUGGUAAAGAGGCACAUAUGCUUACAUGUAGCGAGACACUUCUACCAUGUGUGCACCGCUUGUUUUCGAUCGUGUGUGUAAAUCAUUAGUGGCCACAAUGACACAACGACAAAUUUCGCACUUUGAGUGUUGGAGCUCAGCAAUGCACUCUAGGUUUACAAGGUUUGAGGGCACUUUCGACAUUCAAAACUGACAAAAUAUAAAUUGGGCACCAUGGCCACGAUGAUGAAAAGUACUGAGGCCAAAGUUUUAUUUACAAGCACGGGCGUACUGUGAGUUUAGCUAAUGACAGUUGUCUUCUUUAGCAAACUCGUCAUUCAUAUUACAAUGUUAAACGAGUUUUUUGCUUACUCCAGCUCGUUUAUUUAACAACAAUGCUAUUUCAUUUAUUGACAAUAGGAAGUAGUGCAUCUGAUCCUAGUAGCAUCCUCUGGGUCAGCUGUCAGCCAAUAGCAAGAAUCUCCCAAAUGAUGAUAUUUGGCAGUGACCAUUAGAAAGAAAAGGAUGGCCCCCUUUUGAGGAGAGAGCGCUUGAGCAACUGGAAACAUGUGCUCUGCUUGUGAAGUAUGUGUUGAGUGCAACGACAAAAUUUGGAUGAGCUUGUUAUGUCAGUGUUUGCUAUCCAUAGAACGUGUUUUAUCACCAAGGCCAAGAAGUGGCUCAGUAUUAAAGGGGCCAUGACAUGGUCACCCAACAAUGUGCGAUUAUCUGCUAAAGAUAAAAGUAGAAGGUCUAUUUUAUCCAUACAUAUAUGAAAAAACUGACUGUAACAGCAUAUUUCAGUGCAAAAUAAGCCCUAGAAUUCGCCACUUGUAAACCGUGCACACCAAUGGUGACCACCAUUUUGAUAUGGCGUGUGUGACUUCAUGUGCUGUAUGUAGCGGAGCCGCCGUUUACUACCAAAGUUUGGAACGCUAUUUUUUGGGUAACUCAAGAAGUUGCCCAAAAAUGGGUCUUGAGAAAAACGCAUUUUAAAGGUAUAAGUGAAAGCUCAUUUCUGCGAAAAAGAUAGUUUUUUAAGAUGAUUGGUUCCAUCAUAAGAGCUUGUCAAUCAUAGUUAUUUUGAGCAUAUCGCUUUAGUAAACUCCUCAUGCGAAAAGCAAUGGCAAGCAGCCAGGUGAGAAUUUCCAGGGGACUCAAGACGAUGAGUUCUUUUAAGCUUUUAGUAGUUACCUUUUGUUCUUGAAAAGCAAUUUUAACCUACUUCGAACUUAGUCUCAAUCUUCAGUUUUUUUGUCAUGAAAGUAGAGAAACUGUACUUCUCAAAGCAAAUAAAAAAAAAUAUGUAGUUUUGGAAAAAGUUGCAUAUUUUCUACUCAUCUCCUCUUAAAGGCCAACUCCAGCCAUAUUUUGACCAUGUCAGGAUAAUAGUGAUUUUAUUCUCCUUGGACACUCUUCUCACGUGCCCGAUAACUUAAAUGCUCAAAAAAUUCGAAAAUAAAUUUUAAUUACCGAAAAACCGCAAGACCGAAACCCAACCGAGUGCGCUUCUACAUGUGACAUCAAGAUUUGCCUGACGCUGCCGGAACCUGCCCGGUUGCCUAUAAUGCCCGCCAGAUGGCACAACCUGUCCACGCCAUCCGCGGCGAUCGGCUAAACCGCUUACGCUGUUAUGGUAAAUAUAUGGCGAAUCGUGGACAACGCAACACGACACCACUUGGCCCACCAAUACGAGAAAAUAAAUCGCACGCUCAACCAAGGAAGCUCCAGCCAAACCCACACAAUCCAUAGCAGACAAGCAGACGCUGCAGUGGCACAUCAGUUCGUCACAUCCGCAAGCGAAAACUCAACAUCACACACACAAUGUUGCCAUUAAUUCUGGCAAGCGAGGUGAGUGUUUCGAGGUGCGCUAUAAAAUUCAUUUGAAAAUAAUUUGCGAAAUUCUCAAGCCUGCAAUUUGGCAUGAAUGGCACAAACCUGCAAAUGAACGUACCCAGUGAAUUUUAUUAAGAUCCACUGACCUGAAAAAAUCGCCGGAGUUGGCCUUAAAGGGCAGAGUCUACGUAGUCUACAACUGCAACCAGUAUCUUAGAGUUAGUGUUGGGCUUCUGUGCUAUUGGUCCUGGGCACACGUCCUACAGAAAUUUCAGAUUUGAAUGUCCUUUUUUCCCCUUUUGUUUCUUAUUCCUAAAAUAUAUGCUUUAACUUUUUAUUUGUUUAGUGUUUUUUUUUUCUUUUUUAAUGUUAGGGGGUGCUUCUGUAGUGGACGAAGCACAACUGCAUGCUUUAUUCUGCAAUUUUCAUUCAUGAUGAGAUUUGUCAUGCUUAGGCAUUAAGAUGAAAGUAAGUCUAUACUCUGCUCUCUCAUAGUGUAGAGCAGAAAUUGGGUUCAUAAAUUAUAGUUGUUCCUAUGUCUUGUGGCACAAGAUGACAUUUAAUAAAUAUUUAUUAUGUAGUAAUGUUCCAUGGGAUGCAUGCUUAUAUUAAUUAUAUUGCACGAUACUUCACCAAAGUAAAAUUUGGCAGUGUUGCUUUCUUUGUUUUUUUCCUUUCUCUCGAAAUCCAGACAUGCAUGUUGUAACCACUCCUAUCUUCUAACUGUAGUGCACUUUUUGUUGAAAAAAUAAAUAUGCUGCUUUGCUUUUAAUAGUAUUAUACUCUCUGUUUUCAAAUGUCUGUACAUUAAGUACAGUCAUGCAUGUGCGUAUGAUUAAUGUUCCACAAGUUCUUCAGCAUUUGUAUUGCUAAAUGUAAUGUUUACGCAAGCACAGGAAUGUUUAAUAGUUCUGAUGUACAAUGCAAUAGUCGUAUACAUGUUAUUUAUCAAAAUGGUUGUUUGUUAUUUAUAGUAUUAUGAAGCACAGUACUAUUCAGUUAUGUGAGAAUACACAUGUAUGUUUUUAUUUCUUCUUUCUUGGGUGUUGUAAUUAGUGGUUCAAGUAUUAUGUGAAAAAAUACUGUAUUGCUGCCUUGUGCCUUGUGUUCACAAGGCAAGACAGGCCAUCAGAGUCUGCAAAAGGGCUUUUGCUGGCCACUUGGAAGCACCUUGCUUGCACAAUUGGGAUCAGUUUUCUGUAUAACAAAGGCAGUUUCGUGGCCUAGACAAAAGUCAUAUCCGCCUCACAAAUGUACUUGUUGAACUUUCAGUGAAUGUAGAUAAUAAGGAGUUGCAAGUUUGGCAA